GGAAAACAGAUCUAUGUAGAAAUUAAUUUAUUUUAAUUACCAUUGGUUUGUGUUGCACUGUAUAUAGAUAUAUAAGCGUCGGGUAAUUGUUGAAUGGUAUGCCUUAACGUGUAUAGUAGGCAAUGCCGCGUUCAUUUCUGGUCAAAAAGGCCAAACACCCCAUAGACCACAGCGGGAAGUGGUCUUACAAACAACCCUCUAGUCCUACCGAAGGCGAGACAGCACCGCAACCAUACCCUCACAACACAUCGCCUAACCCUCAUUACCUCGACCUUAACUUCUGUUAUAAUGGAUAUAUUCAUCGGCAAGAAGUGCACGACAAGAGCUCAAGUCAUGAAACAUCGAUCGCUGACGAGUCCGCAGAGGAGAAAGAAUUAGAUUUAAGCAAUAAAAAGGGCAAUAAAUGUAUAAAUAAUUCUUUACAACAAUCGCCAAAACCGCCGCUUUCGCCGCAGAGGCCCGAGUCGUCGGCGUCUACUCUCUCCCUAUCACUCAAUAGCAACGACUAUAACAUCAAAGUCGAGGACACGAGCGACAGUCAGUGCGCGAAGUCUAACGUAACGGUUAGCUAUACAUACGAUGCCUUUUUCAUCAGCGAUGGCCGAUCGCGACGACGAAACGCGUCGGCGGUGUCGGCGCCCCCACAGCCCGAACCCAAAGAGAAGGCCCGAUACACGUGUACAGAGUGUGGCAAACAUUACGCCACCUCUUCUAACCUCUCGCGACACAAACAGACACAUCGAAGUCCUGACUCCCAGUUGGCCAAGAAGUGCCCGACCUGUUCAAAGGUCUACGUCUCUAUGCCUGCUCUCGCUAUGCAUGUGGGCCACAUGCGGUCUCAUACGGGAGAAAAGCCUUUUGGGUGCGCACACUGUGGAAAGGCAUUCGCCGAUCGAUCAAAUCUGAGGGCUCAUAUGCAAACCCACAGCGCUUUCAAGCACUUCCGGUGCCAGCGAUGCAACAAAUCGUUUGCGUUGAAGUCAUACCUCAAUAAACACUACGAGUCCUCGUGUUUCAAAGAGUCGGGUUCAGUGCCCGCGAGUCCCAACUCGUCAUCGCUAUCGCCGUCGCCGAUGACUCCGCGUACAAACUCUCCCCGAUCUCUGCACUCACCUCCGAGUCCGUACUCACCCGCCGAACACUUGCCGCUAAUAAUGAGUCCAAGCGAUCACAACAGCGACAGCAGUAGCGGUGGAUCGCAUCCCAGUCUAAAGCACUACACGGGCUCUGGAGGGGUGGGCUCUCCCGGCUGUCAGUCAUUCACGCGUUUGACUCAUCGCUCAUCACUCGACGUCAAACUCGAAUCAAUGCAAACAUAAUGUUCUAAACGAGUCUUCGCUCCCAAUCUAUGCUUUCCAUACACUUCUCGCUCACUCUCUCUAUCAUUGAAUUGCGAGAGCAAUGUAUUAGUGAGAAAAAAGUUGGCAUAAAAUGUAUGCAUUAUUUAAGAAUCAGCGCCUGAUUUCAUCCAUUAGCCAAACGCAAGCAAAUAAUGUGAGUUAAGGUGUAAUAACACAUAAACUAUGAAAAAACAAACUAAAUUACAUUAGUGUUGCAUAAAAACAUUUCACUACAAUUUCUCUGUUUUUCUUUCUCAUGUGCUUAUAGUGUAUAUAAAACAGUAUAAAUGAAAUCUUUAAAACAAGACGUGCCUCAUAGGCUCAUAGCCUCUCUCAUAGCCUCAUAGGCUUAUAAGCCAUACAUAGUUUGCAGCCAUAGCUAACUUCUCCUUUAACUUAACGCUGAGUUUUUUGUACGAAAGA